AUGGCCCAGCACAUCAUCAAGCCGAGUCUUGAAAUGCAGUCCUGGAGGAUGCCAGUUCCAGUCCCAGCUGCAGACAGACGGCAGAGAGCCUCAGCAGCCUUUUCUCUCAGUUUUCUCUCUUUAGUCUUCUCUAUUACAGCAUUCAGCAGCAGUUACUGGUGUGAAGGGACAAGGAAAGUCGCCAAACCUUUCUGUACAGGACAGAGCAGAGGAGAUCACUGCAUCCGCUUCAACAGCCCAGAGGACAACAGCAGCAACGCUGUGCAGUACAUAUGGGAGACGGGACAUGACAAGUUUGUCAAUCAAAAGUUUCAUGCUGGGAUUUGGUAUUCCUGUGAAGAAAUUAUAAAUGAAGAAGGUGAGAAAUGUAGAAGCUUCAUCAGUCUGACUCCAGCUGCUGAUCAAGGAGUUUUAUGGCUGUCUAUUGUAGCAGAGCUGCUGCACAUCAUUCUGCUUCUGACUGGAGCCAUUCUUAUGUCAGUGGAAAUAUGCUACUACAGCUCUUCCAUGGAUGGGCUAAAGAUCAAUGCUUUUUCUGCAGUGGUCACCGUGUUAGCAGGUCUUCUGGGCAUGGUUGCUCACAUGAUGUACACAACUGUAUUUCAAAUGACUGUAAAUCUGGGUCCUGAAGAUUGGAGACCUAACACUUGGGAUUAUAGCUGGUCCUAUUGCCUGGCAUGGGCCUCCUUCGCUUGCUGUAUGGCUGCAGCUGUCACCACUAUUAACAAAUAUACAAAAACUGUCAUGGAAUUCAAACACAAAAGAAAAAUGCUGGGAAGGAGUUUAAAGAUUAACUACAAGUUUCCUGAUCCCACAGCUCCAGAGAAAGCUUGCAAUGUGUAUGUGAACUCCUUUCUCAACAGUACAGAGGACCCUGCACACCAAAUAAAAGGCUUGCGUCACCUGACCACGAUUUCAGUCCUGUAAAUCAGAAUCAUAUCUCAAGGCAUCCUGUAAAUCAUCAUAGUAGAUCAGAAUGAAACAGUAUUAAUUAAUAAAAAUGUAUAUUUGUGUAGAGCU